AACUUGGAUCCACCAAUAGAAAUAAAAACUGAAGUAAAAGUGGAAGAAAGUCCAAUGAUUAUUGAUGAGGUUCAGUCUUCUGGACCAAGAGGAGAACCACAGAUUGAAAGUAGUCAUGUUACGAAAAGUUCAAAAGAAUGUUUCAUAACAGACGAAAUAAUUAUCAAAGAGAAAAGUAUCACCAAAGAUAAAAUGGAAGAAAUGGGCUACAAGUUUUAUAAGUGUGGAAUUUGUCAAGAGACUUUUAGUGACCCUUUAGUCCUUCAGAGGCAUGUUAGACAACACAAAGGACUACAAAGCGAAUGCAUAAAAUGUGGAUAUUGUGAAAAGAUUUUCUCUUGCAAAAUGAGUGCAUUUGCACAUCUGAAAUUUGUUCAUGGUAUCAGCUGCAAUAAACCUAAAGCUGGAAUGAAAGAGGCUAACUUACCAACGUAUGAGAGGGAAGAAGAAGUUGUCAAAACUGUCAGAGUCGUUCGAACCAAAAUACCUGAAUGCAAGAAGUGUGGUAAAAUCUUUUCCAACCUGGAGGCAUUUGCACAACACAAAGAAAAAAGUAACUGUGUUAAAGUAUCGUUUGUUUGCAUUUUUUGUAAGCAGCCAGUUCGGGAAGAAACAUUUGAAGAAACACAGUUUCCAAAAAACUUGAUGUGUAAUAAGUGUCAAACAUUAUGGGGCAAUCUAAAAUUGAACUCUGAUACGACAGUGGCACAAAAUAAGGAAGGGGAUAGAAAGCUUAAAGAUGCAGUGCACAUAGAUUUUCAGGGUUCAGCUCCAAAACAAGUCCGGAAGAAGGUAAAGGAGUCUUAUUUUUGUGAUAGUUGUCAGAAAUCCUACACGCAAAAAUCUACCUAUAUAAGGCACCUGAAACUGUUGCACAGCACUGUAAAACCAUAUAAAUGUGAUUUGUGUGAAAAGGCCUUUGUUUUCACCUCUUCGCUUUGUGAACAUAGAGAUACACAUUUUUCAAACAUGAAAACAAAAACAUUUGCAUGUGAUAAGUGUCCAAAAACAUUCAAAAAAAGAAAUAUUCUUAAACUGCAUCAGCAGACACAUGAGCCUGGGAAGUUUCCUUGUGAUGUGUGUGGGAAGAUCUUGAAAUCCAAAUGGAGACUCAUAGAUCAUAAAAGAUUACAUACUGGAGAAAAGCCAUUUCUCUGUGAGAUUUGUGGGAAGAGAUUUUGCAGUAGGUUUGCCAGAAUUCUGCACAUGAAUACCCAUGAUUCCUCUACCAAGAUUCUGUGUGAAAUUUGUGGUAAACUUCUUGUUAAGUCUUGUUUUCGACAUCAUAUGGUAAGGCACAGAAUCCAUGAUGAUUUGAGUUUGGAAACAAAAUCACAAAUUUCAGACAUACCUUAUGUUUGCGAAUAUUGCGGAAAGGGCUUUUGUGAAAGGUUGCGAUAUGAAAGUCACAAAUUGAGCAAACAUAAACAUAAGACCAAUGGCAGUCAAUCAGAAGAGAACCAUGUAAAAAAGAAAAAUAAUCAUGGUCGACUUAGAUGUAGCACUUGUGAAAAAACUUUCAUCAAUAAAAUGUGUCUUCGAACUCAUGAAGCCCUCCAUCAAGGUCUGAUGAACGUAGCUUGUGAUAAAUGUGGUAAGGUAAUGCAUAAACAUUCUUUAAGGCGCCACAUGUUAAAAAUGCACUCAACUAGUCAUGAGAAAAAUUCUCAUGCUCGACUUAAAUGUAACACUUGUGAAAAAACUUUCAUCAGUCAAUCCAAUCUUCAGAAUCAUGAAGACCUCCAUCGAGGACUGAUGAGGAUAGCUUGUGAUAAAUGUGGUAAGGUAAUGCAUAAACAUUCUUUGAGUCGCCACAUGGUAAAAAUGCACUCGAAUGGUAUUUAACCUUUAUCAUGAAUGUUAAUAAACAGGUUCAUAACCAUGAUAAUACAUUAGGUUAAUGUGUACAUGGUGUAAGAGGAGUAUUAUUCAAUAGAAUAUAAAAAAUAUUCAAUAAAGUGUUUUUAAAAGUGUUUUACCAUUUAUUUAUUUUAUAUGCUUAUCUAAGCCAUUGGGCUCAAAGAGUUUAUGCUAUAGCAAUUUGUAUUGUGUG